AUGUUGUCAUCACCAUCAUAUCCAGCCCAUGGUGGCGAUUCAGCAAUGCCUGGCAAUUAUGAAUCAUUUACAAGAUUAACACCUGGCAAUGCACCCUUUUCAAGCCCUUCUUCAGGACCACGACCAAUAGUUCCAGGAGGAAGAACACCAUUUCCUCAAAUCUAUCCAGCUUCAUCACCAGGAAGAACACCAUUUCCACAAUAUCCUCCAGCUCCACCACCACCACCACCACCACCAGGGAGAACACCAUUUCCUAUGAUACCUCCCUAUGGUGGUGGUCCACCAAUGAGAAGACGACCGAUUAUGCCUAGACAACGACGUUCAAGGCAUCAUCGACGUAGACGAAGGUCAUGCACACCAAAAAUUGUUAUAGAAGAACGAGGUCGUCGUUCAUCAUGUGGACGACGUCGUGUCGUUAGAGUUCCACUUGAUCCUUGUCCGACUCUCGGCUUACGUGGACCACCGAAACGUGUACUAGAAAUUGAACGUGUUCGAUGUCGUCGACGUCGACGAUGUCGACCCGUAUGUUAUCACUAUGAUUGUGAACAACCAGUAUUACCUACACAACCAACAACAAUAAUUGCUAAUCCAAUUCCAAAUCCAUGCAUACAAGCAGUUCAAUCACCAUUGAUUAUACCAUCUACUAGUUUUGCUGCUGCAGCUCCAUCAACAGGCGUUUUAAAUUUAACUCCACAAAUGAUUGAAAAUUUACCAAAGCAAACUGUUCAUUUACCACCUAUACAUUUACCUGGUAGUCGUGCUGAUGCUAAUACAGAACUUGAAACUGUUGUAUUUCCUGCUGAAAUAAUCAAUCCAUUCAAUGGAACUCUGUCAAUUCUUCAAGCUAAUCCUGGAGUAAAUACUGUUGCACCUUCAAAUAUUCAACCUAUUAUUCCUGCUCCUGUUCAAUCUCAAUUGAUUAGUAGACCAACUACGGUCGGUAUACCUAUUACACCUAGAGGACUACCAGUAUCGCCUGCAAUGGCAUCAGAUCCGGUAAUGCAACGAUUUCAACAAAUCUUUCAACGUCUUCGUUUUCCACCUACACGAUCAAUAUCACAAGUACCGAGUCCUCCUAUAAUCCGACCUACAUUACCGAAUAUUUCAUCAAUGGCUCCAAUGAACAAUAUUACAAAUGCUCCACCGAUUAUUUCAUUAAAUGAUACCCCAAAUGUUAGAUCUUAUCUUUCAACUAAUAUUCCAUCUGCUAAUCCAUUAAAUGCUGGAUACUAUCGUCCAGCUAGUACAGGUCCAAUAAUUUCAUCAAAUAUUACUCCUUAUCGUCCAGCAAAUAUUACACCAUAUCGUCCAUCAACUUUUACACCAUCUCCUCUAGCAAGUAAUCCAACUUAUCGUCCUACAAGUAUUCCACCUGCUAGUUCAUCAGAGAACGGUCCAUAUCGUUCUGCGAAUAUUACACCCUAUGUUAAUAUGGCUGAUCGAUCUACUAAUAAUCCACUGUCACAAUCAGUUAUUUCUUCUGAACCUAUUCCUUACACUUCAACUGCAUCAAUAGCAUCUUCGAGGCCUUUUAGUACUUUUGAUCCUUUUGCUUCUCCUUCUACUUCUGGAGUUGUUAAUAAUUAUAUAAAUUCAGAAUCAUUUCCAUCAACUCCUUAUCAAUCAAAUGAUUCAAUGCCAAAGUCGAUUCUUCGUAAUGGAACAUCGACUAAUACGAGUUAUACUCGUUUAAUGCCACCCAAUGUUUUAUCUUCUAAUGAUAAAGUGAAUAAGACAGCAAGAUUAGCAUAA